UUAAUUGAAAUGCCAUUUACUUGUUGUUGUGUACCUGGAUGUUCUAACAGAGGUGGACAUCUUUUCCCCACAAAUGGGGAAUUAAAAAAGAAAUGGUUAAAUGAAUUCAAAAGAAACUCUUAUGAAGAAAAACACAAAGAAUGGACACCAAGCAAAAGCAGUGUUGUUUGUCAUGAUCAUUUUUUGCAAAAUGAUUACACAUCAAUUACAAGUUUUGGCACAGAUGUUAGCAGAAAACAGUUGAAAAAAGGAUCAGUUCCAUCUGUAUUUUGUUGGAAAAGAAAAUUAUCCUCAAACACCCCAGACAGAAGUGGUCGACUUUUUAAAAGAAACAAAACAAAAUCUGAACUAUCAUUCACAGAAGAAAAUAUUGAAAUAAAUGAUCCAUUACUUCUGAUAUAG